CUUCCGGGGCCGGUGAGAUCGGCGCAGACACUUCAUCGGCCGCCGCCUGCCCGGGCCCUGCGCGAUGGAGAACGGGCGGGUGUACGGUGACACCACAGAGGCGGAUCCGAACCGACAGGGGCCCCGAAGGAGCCUCGCCAGGUUCUUUUAUCUGGGCCGGCUGAGUCUGUUUCAGCGAGUGUUCAAACCCUUACAGCUGUUGCUAUCUCUGCUGGCCUUUAUCUGUGAAGAAGUGGUAUCACAGUGUACCUUGUGUGGAGGACUUUACUUUUUUGAAUUUGUAAGCUGCAGUGCCUUUCUCCUGAGUCUCCUGGUGCUGAUUGUGUACUGCACUCCAGUUUAUGAAAGAGUUGAUAAGGAUAAAGUCAAGUCAUCGGAUUUUUAUAUUACUGUGGUAACAGGAUGUGUGUUUUUGUUGGCGUCCAUCAUUUUUGUUUCCACGCAUGACAAGACCUCAGCUGAAUAUGCUGCAAUUGUAUUUGGAUUUUUGGCAAGUUUUAUGUUCCUGGCUGACUUUGGCAGUGCAUUCUAUGAAAAACGUCAGUCAUCCCAGCAGAGAAAACCUGAGACCACCCCUGGGGACACCCUCCAACAGCCACUUAAUGCCUAAAGACUCUAGGGUGCAGCUUUUACAUAAGGCAGUUAACUGUGGGUUACCCCAGCCCUGGCAGAGCGCUUUUGGAAAACUGUGGGAAGGGCAAGAAGGCAGUUUUAUCAAUAUUAGACUUUUUAUCAUCACCACAAAGUAGACAUCAAACAUCAAAUUGGAAUGGUUUUUUUGGAAUGGUUUUUUUUUUUUUUUUUUUUAAGAGGAAAGGGCAGUUGUUUCUUUAAAUCACACAGCUCAAAUGGCGAUAAAUUAUUUUGUCAUUUUUACUAAAUUUUUAUUAUGCUUUGUAGCUAUACAACAACAGCAUGAUUUAAUUCGUUUAGAAAUGGUUUCAUUUUAAAAUUAAUUUGCUUAGUUAAGAGUUUUUUGUGAUUUAAUGUAUUUAAGAGAUCAAUAUUUAAAAUUUCCCUUUUUCCCCCCCAUUUACUGUAUCUCAGCCUUAAAAUUAUACUGUAACAUUUUAGGAUAAUUAUCACUAACUUUUUUGAUACAUUCUUAAGAUCUCUGGGAGAGGUUGGUAUUUUAUAUAUAUAUAUAUAUAUAUAAACAGCAACAUCAGUACCCUCAUGUUUAUGCUGCAUUUUGGUUGUUGAUAUUAAGAAAAAAAACCAGAUUUUUAUAUGAUACAUAGAAAAAUGGAAGAAACUGCAUCACUAAGGACCAAAGAUAAGAGUUUUUGCACAAUAGAGAGAAUAAUUACACAAGCAGGCUUCGGCCACUUAUCAAAUGUCUGGAAAAGUUCACACUAUGAAUUAGAAAAUAUCAGUUCCCCAUUUGACUUAGGAUUAUUUCUACUGAAAUUAAUACAUCUUUGAAGCCAGUAUUCUUUUGAAACCCCCGCUUUUGACUUCCUGUCCUCGUCAUAAUGGUCUGUAUCCUGCUUCCUUGUCUGGCCGGGGUGGGCCUCUGGCUCCGACUAUUUGUUGGCACUUGUCUUCAAGUGCUCCGGGAUCAUCUAGGGCAUAGCCAGGACCUUUCAGGUUUUGUUUUUUCGUAUUGCUUUAGUUUUUCUUUGGAGGAGACCUUUUUAAAGGAAUUUGCUGGAGAAUCUUGCCCAGGUUAAUUCUGAUGUCUGUGUGGAGGCAGUCACGUCAUCCUCCAGAGACAUUUCAUAAACAGUUCUGGUAAUUUGGGAGAAUUGUUUUUGCUCGCAUAUUCUCUUUGAGCCAUCCAGACAGGACACGUGGGUUAGAAUCUUCCCCGAGGCCCUAGCAGGUGGUUCACAGACUUUGUCAUCUCCUAGAUUUUUGACUCAAGGCUAUUAAGACCGUGAACCCGUGCUCAGGUCCUGCAGUGCUUUGGUGGAGGUCUCCCAGGCUAGGUUUUCUGUCUGAAAUCAUGUUUCUAAUGAGACAGUUUAAUGACCAUCCUUUUUAAAUUUCUCGUCUGCUGUUUCUGUGUUUUAGAUGGGUUUCAGCUGUAUGAGUGUGGCUAAUGUGGUUCUCAAAAAUUGUCAUCAUGACCAGACCCAACUUCUCUGUAUUACUGACUCAGGACCUUAUCCCACUUGUGUCAGAAUUUGUAUACUAGUGCUGGUGGGUGUCACCACUACCUGCUUGGGAGAUAAUGACACCAAUCAGAUACUGUUUUUACUGGAUGUACCAUCUAAGAGAGGAGAAAUAGCCUGGGUCUUGUAUCCAAUAGAUUGGUUCAAAUAUACCUGGUUUAUGGUAGGCAAGCCCUGGAGUUUCAUACGAUCCAGUACCACUGCCAUUUUAAAUAUCAUCUUGACUUUGCUGAGAGGCACAGCAAAACAUCUGGGCUACCUCCGGUUCCUCCUUCCCCUCGCCCCUGCCCCAGUGCAUUGGGCUUAAUUGAAUUUGACAUAUGUCCUCAGGUGACGUCCACAUACAGCAUGUUGGCAUUGAACUUGAUCUCUUCGUGUUGAGGUCUUGCUUCCAUUUGAUUUCAUUGAUGCAGACGUGAACCUCAUAGCUGACCUCAUAAUCUUUUCCUUUUCAAUAUGUACACUGUUACUUUUGCUCACUAGACCUUUCUACAUGUGGUUUUUAGUCUCCCUCUUCUGUGGGAAGGCCUUAUUGAAAAAUAAACAUUGGGUAAAUAACUUUGAGAACUUGGGACCAAAACCACUGCUAUGUACAGAAAAUGUCAAUCAGUAAGCGCAAAUUAAAAAUUUUUUACUAACAACGAGGGCAAAUUUAAUUUGUUACAUUUCAUACAAAUAAACUAUUUAGAAUGGUUCUAAAAAUUAUGUACUUAUGCAAACAUUUUGUAAUUGCUAUGCUUAAAUUAUGUGCCUGGAGAUUGGGACAUUAUUUUUACACUGUUUAUAGCCAAUCAUUUUUGUAUUUAUCAAUUUAAAUUCUGUGGGGGUCAGGUUUUUUAUUAAAAAAUCUGAGUGUCUAAUUUUGUAGUCUUUUUAAGUAAAUCAAUUUUAUUAAAAUGUCCAUGUUUAGCAAAUGCUUUUUCUGAGUUCUG